AUGGUUGAAUACGUCUCUAUCAAUGGCGCCCAGUUAGCAUACCGAUUAAUCGGACCUGCAGAUGCACCGUUGAUAAUCACUCUACACGGUGGGCGAGGUUUUGGCGACCAUAAGUCAGAUUACAAAGCAUACUCAUCCCUUUCGUCCUCGUAUCGAGUACUUUCUUUCGACUUCCGAGGACAUGGUCAAAGUUCACGAACAGAGCCUUUCACAUUUCAUCAAGUCGUUGAAGAUAUUGAAGGUUUAAGGCGCCAUUUUCUUGGACCUAAUCAACCCUGUAUCAUAUGUGGUGGUAGUUUUGGGGGAUUUCUAGCCCAGCAGUAUGCAAUCACAUAUCCGUCUCAGGUUUCCCAUUUGAUUCUUCGAGGAACUGCUCCUUCACAUCACCAUGAAGAAACGGCUAUCCGUACUCUGGAACAAAGGGCAUCUAGAGCCCCAAAUCUUUCCAUCAAUUUCCUGAAAGAUAAGAUAUUCGGUCAAUUUGAGAGCGAUCUGGAAUUUCGACUUGUCAUGUACGCGGCUGCACCGCUAUAUAGCGAGAACUUUGACCCGGAUCUCGCGUUGAAGCACAACAUCGAGACCGUCUUUUAUGCAAAGUCCCACAAUGACCUCUAUUCCAAGCAGGAGAAAUUCUUCGAUUAUAGGGACCAACUUCCAUUGAUCACGGCGAAAGCUUUGGUUAUUGUGGGUGAGCGCGAUUGGAUUUGCCCACCGGAACAGUCCAAGGAUAUCGCUUCGAGGAUUCCAGGAGCGCAGCUGAAGGUUAUUGAAAAUGCCAAUCACAGCGUGCAUCUAGAGAAGAAUGCGGAGGUGAUCGGACUCAUUGAGAAACAUCUUUCGUAA